GCCCCCAUGGGGCACGGUGCAAGGAAACUGACCCAAGCCCGUGUGCUUAACGAGAGUAACGACAUUUUGCAAGAAGGGAAAAGAGCUGAGGCUCAGUGGGAGGAGGAACGGUGCCAUGGAUGAAACAAACUGACAACAACAAUUUGUUAGAUUCAUUUUGUUGACUUUUUUCAUCAUCUCCGCUUAAUCCCACUGAGAGGGGAGCUGUGCACGCCAUAAUGGAAACAAUCCUUCUUCUCAUUGGGGUCUGUUGUAUCAUCAUGCUUCUGCUAAAGCCACAAAGGCCCAAGAAUUUCCCACCAGGUCCGGAGCCGCUUCCAGUAUUUGGGAAUGUUCUGCAGCUGAGCAUGAAGAACCCGGUGAGAGACCUUGAGGAGUUGUCUGGGCGUUACGGAAAAGUGUACAGCCUGUUCCUGGGUUGGAGGCCGGCGGUGGUGAUCCACGGCCUGCAGGCUGUCAGGGAGGCUCUGGUGACUCGGGCUGUGGACUUUGCUGGACGACCACAAGGCAUGAUGAUCAACCAUGUGACUGAGAACAAAGGGCUGAUCAUGGGUAACUAUGGAGCUGUGUGGCGAGAACACAGAAGAUUUGCUCUGGCCACCAUGAAAAACUUUGGCCUUGGGAAAAGAUCCAUGGAGGAAAGGAUCCUGGAGGAGACCACUCACAUCUGUAACUGCCUGGAGAAGAGCCAAGGCAGGCCGGUGGAUCCUCUGUCUUUGAUCCACAGUGCUGCGUCCAACAUCAUCUGCUCUGUCCUUUUUGGGCAGCGCUAUGACUACAACGACGACGUGCUCGCCUUUAUUAUCAACAGCUUCAAGGAAAACGCACAGAUCGCCAAUGGAGCCUGGGCUGCGAUUUAUGAUACGUUUCCUCUCCUGAGACGGUUGCCGCUGCCCUUUCAGAAGGUCUUCAAGAACUACAGAGAUUUGAAGAUGCACACUCAGGCCAUAGUGGAGCAGCACAAACACACGCGCGUUCCUGGAAAGCCUCGCGAUGUUGUCGACUGCUAUCUGGACGAGAUGGACAAGAGGGCACCAGAUGGUGGCUUGCUGGAUGAGGAGAGGCUGGUGAUGCUGCUGCUGGACCUCCACUUUGCUGGGACUGACACCAGCUCCAACAGCAUCCUCUCUGCCAUUCUCUACCUGGCCACACACAGUCACAUACAGGCUCAGUGUCAGAGAGAGAUAGACAGGGUCCUGGGGGAGAGUUUGAGCGUCUCAUUUGAGGAUCGCCACAGGAUGCCCUUUCUGAUGGCGACCAUUCACGAAACACAGCGCCUGGCCAACAUCGCUCCACUAGGGGUGUUUCAUGCCACCACCAGGGAUACUAAGUUGAUGGGUUAUGACAUCCCUGAGGGCACCCUCAUCAUCACCAACCUUACGUCUGUGCUCUUCGAGAGCACCAGCUGGGAGCGGCCAAAUGACUUCUACCCCGGCCACUUCUUAGAUGAAGACGGGCAGUUUGUGAAGCCUGAUGCCUUCCUGGCCUUCUCAGCUGGUCCUCGUGUUUGUCUUGGGGAGCUUUUGGCACGCAUGGAGCUCUUCCUCAUCCUGGUUUCUCUUUUGCGUCGCUUCCUGUUGGUGUGGCCCGAGGACGCUGCAAGGCCCGAUCUAACACCCGUGUUUGGGGGCAUCCAGUCACCGAGGCCUUACAGAGUGACUUUCAGACUGAGAGCAAAACCAUGUUGAAGUCUCACAGAACAACCUCACAUUAGACUCUGAGUCCGAUGUGUAUGUAUGUUUAUCCAUUGUAUAUUUGCCUUUUCGUUCUUUAAUAAAGGUGAGCCAAACUCAA